AUGGCGUUCGCCUACUUGGCCCUUCUUCUAAGAGCAAAGGGGAAGAGAAUAAGAGAAGGGCAAGGACUGGACGUACCAGAUAAGAAUGAGACAAGGAAGAUUGAAGUCAAGAAGAUCACAGGAAAGCAUGGCAUCCGAGGUGCCCUAGCGAGCCAUGUCAUCCAAACAUCCCGAGAGAUGGUAACCGUCGCAUUUACCCAGUAUCCUCAGAGACUAGUUUUUGUUUCCUCUCCUAAAAACGGAGGGCAGCUUGUCGAGGAAGCUGGGAUGGAUGGUGGGGGUCCGUCAGAGAAGAUCUCGUCUGGAGGCUCGAAUCGGGCAUGGGACAGCCAGCCACGGAAAGCAGAAAUCGUUGGUUCGUCGAUAUCCUCAAACCCACUCCAGCACAGUCAAAAAAAUCCCAGCACUACCACCGGUCAUGGAGAAUCACCCAUCCGGAACAGAAAACAAGCCAUGUAUUCCCGAGGGCAAUUCCAGAUGACUACCACUUCGAGAGACCCAAAGUAA